AUGACUCAAUUCGAGGGAGUUGAGCUCAAGAAGAGCAAAAAAUCCAAACACAGCCGUCAUAGUGGCAACAGUGGUUCUAGCGACGCCAGUGAUGCUGAGACGGCAAGCCAGUCCAGCAGCCGGCGGGGCAAGAAGUCGAAGCGCAAGUCGCGCGACGAUGACGGCGAGGUCAACGGCCACACCAAAAAGGCUCGUCGUCCAAGCCUGAGCCAGCCUGCGCGCGACCCUCGCGAUACUACUACCACCAAGAAGAAGAGCAAGCCCAAGGCCGAGGGUACGGUGACGAGAUCCCCGAGCCCUGUCAUUGACUUUGAUGGUCUGAGUCGCCCGAGUCUCGGAACUCGUGAAAGGCUUGAAGAGAACCCCGAGCAGGCUGCCGUGAGACUCGAGAAGCUCAAGGGCGCUGUUCGCACCAUCCUCGAAUGCGUCGGCGAGGAUCCUGACCGGCCCGGCAUCCUGGACACCCCCCGUCGCUAUGCCGAGGCCAUGCUCUUCUUCACCAAGGGCUACCAGCAAAACGUCCGCGACAUUGUCAACAACGCCAUCUUCCAAGAGGGUCACAACGAGAUGGUCAUUGUCAAGGACAUUGAGAUUUUCAGUCUCUGCGAACAUCACCUGGUUCCCUUCACUGGCAAGAUGCACAUCGCCUAUAUCCCCAAGAACCAGGUCAUUGGUCUUUCCAAGUUGCCGCGCAUCGCCGAGCUGUUCAGCAGACGUCUCCAGAUCCAGGAACGCCUGACCAAGGAGGUGGCCUACGCCAUCAUGGAGGUGCUGAAGCCGCAGGGUGUGGCAGUCGUCAUGGAGUCCAGCCACUUGUGUAUGGUGAUGCGCGGCGUGCAGAAGACGACGACCAGCACGAUAACCAGCUGCGUGUUGGGCGCCUUCGAGAAGAAGGAGAAGACUAGGAACGAGUUCCUUAGCUUGGUGGGGUUGAAGACAUAG